CUGAGUUUUCUUAGUUAGAGUUAGAAAAAACUCUCACAGAAAACUUCCUGGAUUUCUCCACACACGGUCUGAAACACCGGCACAGCACAUAACAUCCCAGCAAAAUGAUCAUCUACAAGUGCAUCCUCUCCGAUGAUGAGAUGUUCUCGGACAUCUACAAAAUCAAAGUGUCCGACAAUGGCAUCUUCUACGAAGUCGAAGGAAAGACCACCACCAGGACAGAGGAUUUUGACGAGAGACUAAUUGGGGCCAACCCCUCUGCAGAGCAACUGUCAGAGGGCACUGAAUCAUCCUCUGCUUCUGGCGUAGACAUCGUCCUCAACCACAAUCUGGGGAAGACGAGCUUCAACAAGGAUUCCUACAAAAUUUACAUUAAAGACUACAUGAAGGCCAUUAAGGCAAGGCUGGAGAAGACUGAUCCGGACAGAGUGAACCCUUUCAUGGCUGGCGCCAAAGAAGAAGUUCUGAAGAUCUUGGCAAACUUCAAAAACUACGAGUUUUUCACAGGAGUAUCCAUGAACCCAGAUGGCAUGGUGGGACUGCUAGACUACCGUGAGGACGGCAUCACGCCAUUCAUGCUUUUCUUCAAAGAUGGUCUGGUGGAAGAGAAAUGCUAACUACCUGGUACCACAUCUGCUUUAAUCUGCUAUUUUACAUCAUGCUUCAACAGAAACAUUCUUGACCAAGGCUGGGCGACUCAAACGUGAUUGGUCACUCAAUAUAGUUUUUUUUUUACAACUUUUUCUUUUUUGGAUUUUGCAGUGUGAUUUUUUUUUUUUUUUUUUUUUACCCAGGAUUGGCCCGUUUUUUGGGACUGAAAAUAAAAGGCUGGACAAUGAGUGAAGCUCUGACUGUAUGUGACAGUUUUUCUUCUCUCUGCAUAUAAUUUUAAUGAUCUAUACAGGUAAACUUCAACAGACCUCUUGUUUAUGGUUGCAUUGUAUCCGAUUCCAUCUAAUGUGAAAAUACUUCUGGUUCAAUUUCAAAAUAAAAUCUAGUAUCACCA